GCUAUGCCAACAUUUGAGCUCUGCAACUUUGCCUUUGUCAGCGACCUCCUUUUCUUGUUUUGUUAAAAAGUAUUUUUUACCCUCCUUGCAAGUCGAAACGUUUGAUAUAAACUGCUCUGAAAAAAAAAUGUUAUGAAAUUUCCAGUGUGAUCUCUAUGCUGUGAUUCCGGUGGAGACGUGAUUUGUGGAGUGUGGCGACAAUGUCCCAUAAGACCUCACAGACAACCAUGUAUUUACAGCAUGCAAACUGGAGACCAGAGCACCAUAGCAAGCGCAGAGAGGAGCGUCUUUACAAACGAUUUCUGAAUAAUGCAAGCCAGAGCCUUUCUUUCUCUGAAGAAGUUAUGUAUGACAUGGGGGCCAUUUCAUACAGAAAAUUUGAUUUUGGCUGGCUUUUCCAAGCCACAGGCCCUUUAGCACCAUGUACCAGAUUAAAGAAAAUAAAGAAGCACGAGAACAAAAAUAUAAACUGCAACAUGAAUCCUUUAACCCAAGAAGAAGGCAGAAUUUCAGUACAGGCUCCUGCAGUGAACACCAAAGCAUCUUUCAUAAAUCUUAGUGAUCAAAACAAGAUGUGCGAUGCGUUUAGAAAGACAAAACCAGUCAGGGUGUUGAAUGUGCACACCUGUCUAAAGGAAUCUCAAACAGAGGAUCGGGAAGCCCAGAGCAGCGGGUGGCAGGAGUUUGCACAAAAUAAGACUAGUCAUCUGUUGCAGCUGAGGAAACAACACAGGAUACCAGGUCAUGUGCUCUCUCCAGUGAGUAUCAAUGUGCAGAACCACUUAAGUAAGUCAGCAGCCACUAUAACCAUCAAGCACAUUGAGAUCCCACAGGCCCCUCGUCUGCAGGAUAUCCUGAAUCCACGUGCCGGUGGCCAUGUCACAGAGAAUGUCUUUAAACAGGAGAUCUUCUCAGGCAGAGCUGCAAAAGCAGAACAGCGAUGGGUGGAUCAGCCCACCAGUAUUGACUAUGCCCUCAAGCAGGGUCUCAGACCUCCUGACUUCAACGAGCAGGAACCUGAGAUCCCUAAACAAUCUGUGGCUGAACUUUCCACUCUUCACUAUGCAGUUGACAAGUGGAGGAGUGCCUGCAACAUCAAGUUGCCCUUGCGGAGCAUGACCAUCGAGGGCCUAAAAAUGGCUCUUAGUGACCCUAAUAACACAGUGCGGCUGGAGGCCAUCAUAACCUGUGCAUCAAGAGCAGUUAAUGGACCACAAGAAGAGCUUCACCUUGGCAAAGCAGCUCAACGUAGUAAGGAAUGGAAGUUGAAGGUGGAACCACAGGAGCUGCAUGCUCUAAUUGUCUCAGCCCUUGAGGACCCAGUGAAGAGAGUUCAGAUGGCUGCUGCAGUGUGCCUGUAUGCCAUGAGGACGCCUAACGCACACGCCAGAGACCUACUACGAAGCAUGUUAAAACAAGACCCCUCUGACACAGGUGCAGACAGCUGGGUGGCGGCACAGUGCUUGGCGAUAGACGGUGAUGCAAGUCAAGCUGUCAUACAGAGACUCCUGUCACAACACUUCCUCAGAGACGCUCCUUCAGAUCAGGAGCAGUCUCUGACGUUACUCUCUAACAUCAGCAGCAAGACUACAGUAGUGCGCUCCCUUCUAGCAGAAGAGUUAAACAGCGCUAACUGGAGAACACGAGUUCAGGCCUGUACUAGCAUUGCAAAGCUCAGAAGUCCAGUCAACAAGGAUAUUUGCAACAAAUUGAUACACAUGAUGUGGAACGACUGGAGCUGUGCUGUUCGUCAUGCUGCAGCACUGGCUCUGAGUGAACUGAACGAGGCCAGAGAGAUGCACAGUGAGCUGAGCGCAAAGCUGGAGGAAGGCCCAACCGCUUGGCGGGUGGAAGCGCUGAUCUUAAUUGGUCAGCUCAAAAUAAUGACACCCAAGCUACUGCCCACUUUCCUGCUGUGCUUUAAUGAUGACUUUGUGACUGUGCGCAAACAAGCUUGCUUGACUGCAGCUUCUCUAAUGAUGGAAGACCAGUCGAUCCUGAAUCAGCUAAUUAACCUGAUGCAGAAUGAGCCAAUAUGGGAGGUGAAAGUGGAAGCAAUUAAUGCUUUAAAGAAAAUAGGUUGGAUGAACACAGCUCUCCAGGAGUUGUUGAUGUGGGCUGUACACCAUGAGGAAGAGCCCAGUGUGCGCAUUGCUGCCUGUGAGGCCCUGAGCACUUCAGACGCAAAGGGCCCUGAGUUACAGCAUUUCCUACAAGAGCGUUAUGCGCUGGAACCCAAUGCUGAGGUGCAGAGGCACAUUAAAGGUCUUCUGAAAAAGCAUGGAUACAGUCUGCAGGGAGAUGAAAGCAAGAUUCAUGAGAUAAAGCUCCAGGUGGAGCUGUUGUGUACAAAACACAUCAUUACACAGAAAGUGCUCUUAAUAGAAGAGAUGGGAAAGCAGCAACAGCAGAAAUUAUUGUGCUGAAUUUAUUGUUUCAUUUGUCCUAUUAUAUAAAAUAUUAAAAAGCCU